GCUGUGCUGAAUUCUCACCUUGUGACUCUUUUUCUGUUGGUUCUGAUCUGUUCUGUACUAUCUCAUUGGCCUGAUAUGGCUUGGUGAUGCUGGACUGAUGUAUCCCAGCCUUCCCCUGUCUUACGCUGUCCUUGUCCCUCUGAAGGGGUCAGAGGUUAUGUGUCAGAGUCCCCAGAGCUUUAGCAAUCAGGUCUGCCUGGUGUCAGGGAAGAGGUGUUGACUAUCUUCCUUCCUGUCCCUGGAGUGGCACUACUAUAUGUCCUCUGCCUCCCUGCCCAGCUGUGUUCAUCUACCUCUUUCUUCCUCUUGGCUUCUGCCCUAUUUAUUCUGUGAUUGGCCCAGGGGAGGAGAGUGGGCUGGCAGGCACCCUAUGCAGAGCCUGGAGACAGCAGCCAGACCCACUGGGCCCACCCCAGGGUCUCCUGCCUACUGCCCUCUGCCAAGUCUGGUCCUCUUCUACCUGCCUGGCAGAGGUCAGGUCCUCUGUGAUGCUCCUGUUGCUAUGGUGAUCCUAGAUGAGAAGACUAUAAUGUUCUGGGUCUGGAACUUUCACCCGUUAGCCCAUCUGUUCUCUACCUGCUCCCUGAUAUGGUUCUCUACCAGGGGACUCGAGAGCAUGGGCUCUGCUACCAUCAAAGUCUUCUCUGCAUACCCCUCAUUCCUCAGACCUCCCUUCAACCCCAACAGAGACCCUAACAGGACCCGAGGCCACCUACUGCUGCACAGUGCCAAGCCAUGACUGUCACCUACACAAACAAAGUAGCCAAUGCCCGUCUCGGUUCCUUCUCCUGCCUGCUCCUGUGCUGGCGUGGCAGCAUCUACAAGCUGCUGUGUGGGGAAUUCCUCAUCUUCAUGUUCCUCUACUACGCCAUCCGUGGAGUCUAUAGAAUGGCUCUCUCGAAUGAACAGCAGCUGUUGUUUGAGAAGCUGGCUCUGUACUGCGACAGCUACAUUCAGCUCAUCCCUAUAUCCUUUGUUCUGGGUUUCUAUGUGACGUUGGUGGUGACCCGCUGGUGGAACCAGUACGAGAGCUUGCCUUGGCCGGACCGCCUUAUGAGCCAGGUGUCAGGCUUCGUGGAGGGCAAGGACGAGCAAGGUCGGCUGCUGCGGCGCACACUCAUCCGCUAUGCCAUCCUGGGCCAAGUGCUUAUCCUGCGCAGCGUCAGCACCGCGGUCUUCAAGCGCUUUCCCACCCUUCUGCACCUGGUGCGAGCAGGCUUUAUGACCAAUGAGGAAUAUAAGCAUUUGCAGAAGUUGGGCCUACCACACAACUCAUUCUUGCCCUGGGUGUGGUUUGCCAACCUGUCAAUGAAGGCCUAUGUUGGAGGUCGAAUCCGGGACACUGUCUUGCUCCAGAGCAUGAUAAACGAGAUGUGCACCUUGCGUACUCAGUGUGGACAUCUGUAUGCUUACGACUGGAUCAGCAUCCCACUGGUGUACACACAGGUGGUGACAGUGGCAGUGUACAGCUUUUUCCUCGCAUGCUUGGUGGGGCGGCAGUUUUUGAACCCAGCCAAGAACUACCCAGGCCACGAGAUGGACCUCGUCGUGCCUGUCUUCACAAUCCUGCAAUUCCUAUUUUACAUGGGCUGGCUGAAGGUGGCAGAGCAGCUCAUCAACCCCUUCGGAGAGGAUGACGAUGAUUUUGAGACCAACUGGAUCAUUGACAGAAACCUGCAGGUAUCCCUGUUGUCUGUGGAUGAGAUGCACCAGGAUUUGCCUCCCAUGGAGCGUGAUAUGUACUGGAAUGAGGCCGAGCCUCAGCCACCCUACACCGCUGCUUCUGUCCAGUAUCGUCGACCUUCCUUCUUGGGCUCCACCUUCAACAUCAGCCUGGACAAAGAAGACAUGGAGUUUCAGUCAAAUGAGGAUGACGAAGAUGAGGAGAACCCUGGCGGCAUCAUUGGACGCUUCUUAGGGCUGCAGUCCACUGACCACCAUCCUCCCAGGACAGAUUCAAAGACCAAACUAUUGUGGUCUAAGAAGGACCUGGAGGGCCAUAAGGCCAAGCACAACUCUAGAGACCAGGAAGAUAAUGCCUGGAAACUUAAGGGUCUGGAUACCUUCAGGGCCACUCCACUGUUUGAAAGGCCAGGCUACCACAGUGCCCCCCAGACACCACUCAGCCAUACUCCCAUGGUCUUCCCUCCUGAGCAGUCAGCAGCCUCCAAGCCUUACUUAGUCACAGGUGAUGGGCAUUCCCGAGAGCACCAAACAAAGAGGAAAACUGUGGAGUUUAACUUGAACAUUCCGAAGAAGAGCCCCACAGAACGUACUAGAAAACAACAUUUGGACCAGGGGCCAACCAACACACACGCUACACAGAAGGAGCAUGUACAGCCCCAUUCUACCUUGGAAAACAGGGAUGAAGCUGGCACCUAACCUGUUUCCUGGGAUUGAUGCUUCACGGCCUGGUCCUCACCUGCAGGAAUGCCAGCAGGACACUGACCCAGUCAGAGGCACACAGCUGUGUGAGACACCCAAGAGUAUGUUCCCACGACAGUCUGCCAAGUAACUCAGAACCAGGGGUGCUGAGUCCUGUCUGAACACACCCGUGUCUCCCGGUCUUUCCCAAACUUAGGAGUUUAAUAAAUACAAGCGUUCUUUUUA